AUGGCUACAGCAGGGAAGCAGAAGAGCAUUGUGUUCUUCCAUCCUGAUUUAGGCAUUGGUGGUGCCGAACGACUUGUCAUAGAUGCCGCUGUGGGAUUACAGAAUCGAGGACACAAAAUCGUUAUAUUUACCAGCUAUUGCGAUCCUAAACAUUGCUUUGAUGAAGCUCGAGAUGGUACACUUGAUGUGCGAGUACGGGGGAACUGGCUUUUCCCAUCCUCAAUCCUCUCUCGAUUCUCCAUCAUUUGCGCCAUUCUCCGACAAUUGCAUCUUAUCGUAUGGGCUUACUUCACCUCCGAGCUGAGCGACCUGAAGCCCGAUGCUUUCUUUGUAGAUCAGCUCAGUGCUGGUCUACCAUGGUUACGAUACUUCUAUCCCAAUACUCGAACAUUCUUUUACUGCCAUUUCCCCGAUCUCUUACUCGCCCAGGGAAGGACUCAUUGGUUGAAACGCGCGUACAGAAUACCUUUUGAUUUCUUGGAACAAUGGAGUAUGAGCUUUGCGGAAUCGAUCGCGGUCAAUUCUGGAUUUACAAAGAGUAUGGUGGGACAGGUAUUUCCGGACUUGGCUAGGGAGAAAGAUUUACAGAUCAUACAUCCUUGUGUGGAUGUGAAUCCGAAGAACUCUGAGACCAAGGAUGAUGCAGUUCCAGUUUGGCAGGAUAGAAACAUCUUGUUGAGUAUCAAUCGGUUUGAAAAGAAGAAGAAUAUUGGUCUUGCAAUAAAGGCAUAUGCGGGAUUGGGCAAGCAUGGAAGACAAGGAGUGAGAUUGGUACUUGCAGGUGGAUAUGAUAACCGAAUUAUGGAGAACGUCGUGUAUCAUAAGGAGCUCGUCAAAUUGGCCAGCGGGCUCGGAUUGAAGACGGCUACAACAAAGACGAUUGUUACAGCUUUGAACGUCCCUGAUGAUGUGGAUGUUCUGUUCUUGUUAUCGGUUCCAAACACGUUGAAGGAAAUGCUACUUAAUUCAGCACGACUUUUAAUAUAUACCCCAUCUAACGAGCAUUUUGGCAUUGUGCCUCUGGAAGCAAUGUUAGCUGGGGUACCAGUCUUGGCUGCAAACACAGGAGGACCUCUGGAGACAAUAGUAGAAGGGAAGACGGGCUGGCUCUGUCCACCCGAUGAUGUCGAGCGAUGGACGGCUGUUAUGGAUAGAGUUCUGAACAAAAUGACAGAUGAACAGAUUAAGAAGAUGGGAAUGGCCGGUGUGGAAAGGGUCAAGACCGAAUUUUCUGAUGUCAAAAUGGCCGAGAGAAUUGAUGGGUUGAUUGAUGGGAUGGCGAAUACACCAAGGAAGAGUGCUCUGCAACUCUCUUUAUUCUUGAUGACUAUUAGCAUAGUUCUUUUGGACAUUGCAUACUGGUGUGCGGGCCAGAACGAAACAGUCAACAAAAUGUUGGAGAAUAUUUCAUUGCCUCCAGUAGAAACCCGCAGCAAGGAUAUCGGUGUAUAUACCGGAGAUAAACUCAACAGACAGUCCCCGGAGCUGCAGGACCAGCGAACUUUACAUCGCCGAGGUUUGCGAGGUACGAAACAUAUCCCUAGGUCACCCGUCACUCGUCACCCAUAUCAGCUUGGUGCACUUCAGACGAUUGGAUUUCCAGGUUUCAUUGAAAAGGCGGGCAAAGGUUCUUUCCCGCCCAUUGCGGCUGGGAGGACAGUAUCAACUCGCACUCUUUUUCAUGUCUUGAAAAGUGGAAGACGGAGCAUCAAAAUGGGGGAAUUGCAAACGCCUCUAUUUCAUCACAUGUUGCAGAGGUCUUACAGUACUGAUACUGAGAAGAAAGAUACUGAGAAGAAAGAUACUGAGAAGAAAGAGAGAUUCGGCGCUGUGGUCGUUGGCGAUGGACCAGCUGGACUCGCGGUCGUGGGAAAUCUUUUAGAACAGAAAAAAGGUCCAAUUUUAUGGAUUGGACUUGGCCAUCCUGGAGCCUUUGGAGGCGGUAGAUUACAUGAGGCUUAUCGGGCAGUGCCAUCGAAUACGAAAGUCAAGUUCUUCUCUAUGUUUGCAGAUGCUUUAGAACCUUUCCAACAAAUCACAAAGAAAGCUGCUGCUCCUAAUCAUUAUAGCAUCUUGAAAGAACUUGAUCAAGAAAAGCCUUGCAAUAUUUCUGAAGCUGCUAAUCUAACGGUAAUGUUAGGGGGCGGUCUUGGAUCCGACAAGGGUGUAAUGAAGUUCAGCGGCGAUGUGCAAAGUGCUUCUUGGUCAGAAGCCAAUCACUGGAAUGUCAAAGUCGGCGCAUAUGAGUUUCCAGCUAUUUCAGCAUCCUCUGAUCUCCUCUUCUUGUGUACCGGAUCUCACCCCUCAGUUGAUGAACUUCCACGUAAGAUAUUCAAGGCUAAGGCGGGGAGGAUUUUUCUUACUCUUGAUACCUGUUUGAAACCCAAGGUAUUAGCAUCACAAUUGCGUCGUCGAAUCGAUAAAUUGUCAAAUCCAAACGAAAACAUUACUAUUGGCGUCAUGGGUGCAUCGCACAGUGCAAUUCUCGUACUAAGAAACCUCUACAACCUCACAACUCUUCCUAGUGGUCAAUUUAAAAACAUCCGCAUCAAAUGGCUCACUCGUCAUGAACUUCGAUAUGCUGAGGAGCGCGAUGGAUGGAUCAAGCGCGACAACACGGGCCUCAAGGGUGAAGUCGCCAUAUGGGCAAAGGAGAAUCUCGAGGCCGAUACAUUACCCACCUCUGACGUUUCCAAAUACCUCGAGAAAGUGAAGACAUCGCCAGACAUGGAGAAGGAAGACCUCGAGAAACAUUUACCGGAAUGCCAUCUUAUGGUGCAGGCUAUUGGUUUCACCAGAAAUAAGCUUCCAGUGAUCAAGAGGGAUGAGACAGCAUUGGAGCUUACCUAUGAUCAUGAGACGUCGGGAUUUGUGGAUGCUGACGGGAAGACGAUUAGGGGGCUGUAUGGUGCUGGGAUAGCAUUUCCGGAGAAAGUCGUGGAUCCAGAGGGGACGACGGAGCAUGCGGUUGGGUUGUGGAAGUUCAUGAAGUAUAUGAAGAGGGUUGCGCCAACGUGGACUGCGUGA